AUGGACUUUGACGAGGUGUACGGAGGUGGAGUUGGCGAAACAUUAACAUUUGUGGAGACUGUAGAUGAUGAUGGAGUUCUACAUGGAGGAACUCAAGAUUCCACGUUCGCCUUCGACCAUCAUUUCUCUAUACCGACACAAAGCUCUCAGAUAGCGCAUGGAAAUUUAACUGGAGGUGUCGAAAACAAUGCGGAUUUAACAUUUCAUGAUGUUGAGGAAGAUGAACAACCACAAAUAGAGAAACUCCCUGAACACUCAUGCAGAUAUUGUGGUAUUUACGAAUCAAGUUGUGUUGCAAUGUGCACAGUUUGUAAUAGAUGGUUCUGUAAUGGCAAAGGAAGCACAUCCGGCUCGCACUUGAUCACUCAUUUAGUGCGCUCUCAGCACAAAGAGCUUACUCUGUCUUGGAUAGUGAACAUCCCAUCGGAGCAAGCUCAGCUUAGAGCGCGGCAUAUCACUGCCGCUCAAGCUAGCCGUCUUGAAGAUCUCUGGAAAGAACAUCCUAAAGCGACUACCGGACCUGGUGUUGAUACCGAGCCAGAGAGUGUGCUGUUGAGAUACGAAGAUGCGUUUCACUACCGGCGUAUUUUCGCUCCGCUAGUCCGCGAGGAAGCCGAAUUCGACAGGAAGACGAAAGAAUCCCAAACGCAAAGUGUUGGUCAUGUCCGGUGGGAUCAGGGAUUGAACAAAAAACACCUCGCAUUUUUCCACUUGCCGAAAUUCAUGGAAGGAAGCAUGAAAUUGAUGAUUGGUGACGAGCUACGAUUGAAGCAUAGUCAAACGAUCGAGAGGGAGUGGCAGUGUUUGGGGCAGGUUUUCAAAAUCCCGGACAAUCACAGCGACGAGAUUGGGAUAGAAAUGCGUGCUGCUGCUUCGGAGAAAAUGCCUACUGAUCCGCGCAUCAACUUUACUUGUGAGGUGAGCAAGGAAACUGGUACUCCAAGUCCUUCUCCUCUAAUGCAUUGUUGCAGGCCGUUUGGAACUCGACGUCAUUUCGAUCGGAUGUAUCAGGCGUUGAACACACUAGAAAAAGAUCCUCACUGUGUUUCCCAGUACAUUUUUCACAAGCUUAUGGGACAUGAUAUCGAUGAGAUUCUUUUCAAGGUCCAACAACCCAAGCGCCUGUCGGCGCCCGGACUUCCUGAGUUGAAUCACAGUCAAAUGCAUGCUGUGAAAACAGUGCUCAUGAGGCCGCUGAGUCUUAUUCAAGGGCCGCCAGGAACUGGAAAGACGGUAACCUCGGCCACUAUCGUCUAUCACCUUGUGCAACAAACUCAAGGUCAAGUUCUGGUUUGCUCUCCGUCUAACAUUGCGGUUGACCAGCUAGCUGAAAAGAUUCACCGAACUGGACUGAAGGUUGUUCGACUGUAUGCGAAGUCUAGGGAAGCCCUCGAUACCAACGUUGAAUUCCUUGCCUUGCAUGCUCAGCUGAAAGCGCUCAAGGAGUCUGCCGAGCUUCAAAAACUGCAGCAGCUGAAGGAAGAAAUUGGAGAGCUGUCGGCGGCUGAUCAGGAGCGUUAUAUUAAUUUGAAGAAAAUGAGUGAGCAUAAGCUGUUGGCGGCUGCAGAUGUGAUCUGUUGUACGUGUUCUUCGGCGGCCGACGCACGUUUGUCGAGGAUAAAAAUCAAGUGUGUUCUGGUUGAUGAGUCGACCCAAGCAACUGAACCAGAAGUGCUUGUUUCGAUUGUGAGAGGUGUCCGUCAGCUCAUACUGGUAGGAGAUCAUUGCCAAUUAGGACCCGUUAUUCUUUGUAAGAAGGCUUCCAAAGCUGGCUUAUCCCAGUCUCUGUUCGAGCGUCUCGUUCUUCUUGGCAAUCGACCUAUCAGGCUCCAGGUUCAAUAUCGUAUGCAUCCGGAGUUAUCCUCUUUCCCAAGUAAUGUUUUUUACGAGGGCAGUCUUCAAAAUGGAGUGACUCAAACCGAACGUCAGCUUCGAGGUGUGGAUUGGGAAUGGCCGGUUCCCGGGCGUCCAAUGAUUUUCUGGUCGUGCUAUGGGCAAGAAGAAAUGAGCGCUAGCGGUACAUCGUUUUUGAAUAGAACUGAAGCAGCGAAUGUGGAGAAAUUGGCCAGCAAGCUGAUUAGGGGUGGCAUGCGUCCUGAACAAAUAGGCAUAAUCACACCAUAUGAAGGACAACGUUCCUACAUU